AUGCUGGAGCGUGCCACGGCCCAGCGCGACGGCCACAUCCGCGAAGUGACCGACUGGAAGGACUUUGUGCCUUCUCUCCAGGACGGCUGCAUGGCUCUGACUCCAUUCUGCGACGAGAUCGAGUGGGAGGAGAUCGUCAAGACCAAGUCGCGCGAGGAGUCGCUGGCUCUCAUGGGUCUGGAGGAUGAGGCCGAGAACACGGCCACCAGUGCUGCUGCAAAGACGCUAUGCAUUCCCUACAAGAAGAACGACGAGAGCCCAGUGACUGCAGACACCAAGUGCUUCAUUAGUGGCAAGCCGGCCAAGUGCUGGGUGCUCUGGGGCCGCAGCUACUAGAGAGCAACAAAAGGCAACAUGGUUGCACGACGAAACAAAAGUUGCUGUUGUCGGCAAAUGUGAGAAUCA